GAGAAGGAGUGAAGGAAGGAUGGUGCUGUUUGACAAAACUUUACCCAACCACGUCACCGUCUUCCUCCUUCUCAUCAUCAUCAUCAUCAUCAUCAUCAUCAGGUGCUGCGUUAUUGUCACACUUGUCAAACCGGACUGUUUCACACUCUUGAGAAGACAUGACAACAUGUAACGCGUCUUCACUGAACACUACUAUUCCAUGUGGAUCCUGAGCAAGGGUGAAGUUUCGCUUGUGGGAGCGGAUUUUUACGCGAAGCUCCAGAGAUCUGAUCAGAGCACCUGUUCGGGCUGGGAUGAGAUGCUAUGAGAGAUUUAUCAUUCUCACAGUUCUGCUGUGUGGAGGCUUCCUGCUAAUGUAUACCGUCAGAGAGUCCACAAGAGACGAUAACACAUCCCACCGUCUACACAAGGUUUACUGGAGGCUGUUAAGAGCUGAGCAACGUGGAGAGGAAUUAUCAUACAAACUUUUUCAAAUGGUGGAGAAACUAAAGACCAUAAACAACACUGGAGCUAAUGUGACUAUCUCCAACUCCACAAAGGACUCCUUGGGUCACUCCUUAAAUAACACUUCAACUAGACGGUUCUUGUAUCCACAACCCUACACUCUCCUGUACCUGCCCCACCUCAGUGAGAACGAUGACAGCCUUCAGCCGAGAGUUUACCUGGGACAGGGACGCAGUGGAGUGUCCCUAGUGUUAGGGAUCCCCACAGUACGCAGACAGAAACAGAGUUAUCUUGUGAACACGGUGAGCUCUCUCCUUUUCGACCUCACGCCCGAGGAGAAGAUGGACAUCGUCAUCAUCGUCUUCGUCGCUGAGACAGACGGUGCGUUUGUGAAGACCAUCGCAGACAGCAUUCAAAAGAAUUUUCCAGAUGACGUGAAAUCCGGACUGGUCGAAGUAAUCGCACCUUCUCCUUUCUACUAUCCAAACUUGUCUAACCUGAAGGAAACAUUCGGAGACUCUAAAGAGAGAGUGAAGUGGAGGACUAAACAAAACCUGGACUACAGUUACCUCAUGCUGUACGCUCAAGACAAGGGUACAUACUACGUUCAGCUGGAGGAUGACAUUGUAGCAAAGUCAGGAUACACAGAGUCUAUAAAGAAUCAUGUCAGUAAUGUAAACACGGAGCAGUGGCUUUUCCUGGAGUUCUCACAACUGGGCUUCAUAGGGAAACUUUUCCGAACUUCGGACCUGCCCGUUAUUGUGGAGUUUUUUUUGAUGUUUCACAAGGAUAAACCUAUCGACUGGCUGCUGGAUCACAUCCUCUGGGUGAAAGUGUGUAACCCAGAGAAGGACAGCAAACACUGCAAUAAUGAGAAGUCAAAGCUGAAGCGUACUUUCAAGCCAUCGCUGUUUCAGCAUGUGGGUGUGCACUCGUCCCUGCCUGGCAAAAUACAGAAUCUGAAAGAUAAAGACUUUGGGAAGCAGGUCCUCUAUAAAUCCCACCAGAACCCUCCUGCCAAGCUGAGCAGCAGUUUGAAGCACUUUGAGAGUCAUUCUCUGGACAGGGCUUAUCAAGGUGUAGACUUCCUCUGGGUUUUCACACCUAACCAAGGAGAUUACAUUCUUAUAGAGUUUAAUACACCGCAAACGGUUAAAAGGUAUCGCUUCAGAAGUGGAAAUAUUGAAGCGAAUGGAGAUAGGUUUUACAACACCACCGUACAGGUGCUGCCUAGUGACGUCUCUGUGAGGCAGCGUGUGGAACAGGGUCAGCUCUCGUGUUGCAAACCUUCCUCUGACGGCUUCGCUAUAAUAGGCUCUUUUAUCAACGCAAUAGCAGAGGGACCUGUCGACGGAGCGCUAGGUGGCUUAAAAGCCAUGCGUCUCUAUGUUCACAGCAAUUCAGAAGCCUGGGCUGUCCUGAGUGAAAUAUUCAUUCAAGUUUAAUGAACCCAGAGGAGAGGAACCCAGACCCACGGCAACUCGUCUAUCUUCCUCUAAACAACAGCGCCCCGGUGGUCAAAAAACGAAUUGAGGAACAGAGACGUGACCUUUCAUUGUCAUUUUUCUGACGAUUGGAUCGCUCCUUGUGUCCCAGAAAAACAGAACAGAACAACAUCACUGAGGAAUCCCCACUCCGUUAAAGUCUCAAUUAUGACUCUUUUGACUUAAGUAAUGAGAGCAGGAAGUCACUUGAAACUUGUCAUUUGUUAUACGCAGUUGUUUGAGUCUUUGCUCAAACACACCUACAUUUGCACAAUAAGAGGCUAAUAUAUAUACGUGUAGUAUUUUUUUAUGGAGAUGUUUUACAAGGAUAGUGAUCCGAAUAUCAUUCCAAAACCCAAGUCAUUAUGUUACAUUACAUCACAUCCCUCAAUUCUUGUUCUCUCUCUUGGUCCUUAGCAUCAGAUUUGUGCAAAAAUUAACUUUUCAUGUAUGAACAAAUCUCUUUCUAGUCCCUUGUUUACAUGUUAUAUGCAUACAGUGCUCCACUCUAACCAUAUAGUACAUCUCCUUUCCAUAAAACACACCCUAAAGUACGAAAGUGUCGCCACAGCGAGCCCGCCAAGAGGAAACCGCUUAUCCAAGAUCCCGUGAAAGAAGUUAACAGAAAGGAGAAGAAGAAAAUAAUUCAAUAUAUAUCAGUGAAAAUAAGUUUGAGGUACUUUAAAUGAAUUUAUUUAUAUAUACAAAUAUAUAAAUUGCAGUCAUUUGAACUGUAUACAUGCCACAUUAAAUUAUUUCUGUUGUCCUUCCUGUGGUGUAGUUAAAUAAUUAAAUAUCUAGAUUUUUUAUGUUUUUUCUUAGUUUUGAACUUUUGAACUUAAGUAUUUGUUUUUAAAUAACAAAAAAAAAAAAACAUUCAUGUAAAUUACAGGUUACAGGUUUGAACAUUUGCAACGAUUUAUUAAGUCCAGAGAUGAAUCCAAAUUGUUCGGGAUUCCCAAAGAAAAGUAGACGCUUACUGAGAAAUAGUAAUAGGUUUCUACUUAAAUAGCUAGUUUUACAUUGAUGUCAACACUCACAGUGCACAGGUGGUCUAGCUAGUUAGGUUAUGCUAGCAUUAGCUUAAUGGCAACUGCUAGCAGCCAACAUACAAAAGGUAAACAGGAUCAUUCCAGUUUAUGUUGACUUUAAACAUCUCUUUACUUCACUUGAGGAAGAAGAAGGUGACAGAUUAGCUAAAUGCUAAGGUCAAGUACUUGAAAAGUGUUAGUUUUCCCUUAAAUUUAUAUUUGAAUUUCAGGGUUUUGAUUUUUUUUUUUCUUCACAUCUCAAAACUGUAAGCGUAAUUUAUGUUUUUAUUAACAGCAAAUCUGACCCCUAGAGAAAAUUCACCACAGACAACAAGAACCAGGCAAAAUUGAAAAAAAAAAAAAAAACGUAAAUUAUAUCCCAAAUUCAUACUAAAAUACUUUCAGAAUCCAAGUUUCAGGAGUGUGUGUAGAUAUAAACAAAAACGCUAGAAGAAAUGAAACACUGAGGAGAAAACUGCCAAUUAGAAUAAACUGUUUUGUUUUGUUUUGUUUAGAUUGAUAUGAUUUUUUGACUGGCUAAUUAAGAAGAAUUAACAAUCAUUUUUAAAUAAUAUCUGAUUUUUUUUCUGACACUUUUCUGAUUGCCCAUCUUUACUAUUUUUAUGGUUCUAGUCCACUUCCUGUACUUGCUAUAGACAUCAGGGUCUUUUAGUCUUUCUCACAAAUUUGUUUCAUUUAGCGAAAUAAUUAUUUUUGAAUUGUGUAUUAUAUUUUUAUUCAAAUCUUUUUUAUUAAGAAAAACAAUUGUUUUUGUUACCCAGCAGGAUGUAUAUUUUGAUCCCUGAUAAACGAAGAGACGUGACAUGAGAAAGAAACCUUAAGUGAAGUCAGACGUCCAGGUGAACACUGGAUUAUAAUAAAUCGAUAAUAAAUUAUAAA